ACCUCAGUUUGGACUCGUCAGUGUCUGCGCAGGAGUGGAGAGGAGAGGUUGGCGCAGCAACCUCUUCAAACUCAAAUGCACUUAUUUUCUUUAAAGCACACAUCAGUUGAUGCCAUUUGUUUUCUUAUAAAAAUCGUGUUAUUUCAGUCAGUUAGGAGUUGGCAAUUUUUCCUGACACUAGUAAAAUCUUCUGUGGAGGCAAGCAGCCAAGUCGUAUUUUACAUCUCUGGAUGUUACUCUAACCGAGAAGAAACACACGGAAAGCGGGAAUCGCGCGGUCCUGCGCUCGAGCAACUUUUGGGAUGCGCAGGGUAAAUCCGCAUUAGAGGAUGCGAGCACGGAUGCGGAGGAAACAGGGAUCCCGCGUUACGCAUCACACAUCAGGGUGAAAAACCCCACAGAAACGCCUACAAACCUGGCAGACUUUACCAGAAAGUGUCCGCGGAUUUUACUUACUAGCUCAAAUUUUACUCACUAGCUCCUAACAAACACCGUAACGCGACUGUUUCUUUUUUAUGGCGGAGUUACGCGAUGUUAAAUGAGAUACAACGACUCAUGGAAAAAAUACUUUGGAUGUUGGAAAAGCACAAAAUUUGUUAAGCAUCCUUCGCGCAACAAAGAGACAUCUUAUUGGAUUUUUGAGGAUCCGACCAGAGCACACACAUUUACACCAAACAUUACGCGAUGUACGUGUGGACUUGUUUUUUUACUUUAAGGAAAGCGACCCUGAUGUGAACUGAAUAACAUGACGAACACGGCUGGAUACCUACCACGUGAGAUACUGGAAGUUUUGUGAUCGUCUUUGGAUAGCGCGCAAAGUCCCGCCGUGGCCCUUUGCGCUUUAGCUGCGCCUUUGUGCCAAGAUGGAAGUUUAUCACAGCGCCAAAACAAACAUGUUGCGUCUCCACACUCUACAUUUCAUUAUAAUGCUGCUCAAAGUUACAGAUUGUCGUAUCCUGGAAAAUCUACAACGCUACGCCUCCCCUACGUACCUGCCUGUCAAUUACCAGCUCCUCAACACAGAGUCCUCAUUUUUUCUCAAGGAGGCCACCCAGGACUUCAUGCGUAACUCGAGCUUCUUGUCCAGAACGGAGCUUUUCUUUAUCCACCAGGCCAGGAAACUUCCAAUUAUCAAUGCCACUUAUGGCAGCCUCUCCGUAGAAGAGCCGGUUCCUCUGGACCUCCUGCAGAUGCCUGGCUCAUUUGUGACCUCUUCAACUCUUUUCACCUACAACUGGAAAGUGCAGACUUUUGUCCUCAAUGAAAGGAUUUACCUGAACAAACCCAAAGUUCAGGUUUUGUUUUACAUAGCCGGAAGAGACUGGGAUGACUACAGCACAGUGGAUAAGCUGCCUUGCGUACGGAUGUUCGCCUUUCAUGAAACCCAAGAGGUCCGGGGGAGUUGCAGGUUGAGAGGAGAGCUGGGUGUCUGCGUCGCAGAGCUCGAACCUCUUUCUGGGUGGUUUGCGCCUCCAAGCGUCGUCCCUGGACGUCAGAGGGGUCCAGAUACUUCUGAGGGAACGCCAGUGGAGCUCUACUACAGCCUUCGGGCCGUGGAAAAUGAUGGUUGUCUUAAUGAGGAGUUAGGAGUCAGGGAUGCUGAUCAAUCAGAUCAGGAAGGAUUGUUUGGGUCACCGAACUCUACACCCAUGAGGCGGAUUGGGAGCAUACGAUUGUUCCAAACUCAGUCUGCUCCGGAAUUAUCGGAACACCGCAUGGAUGGAAAUUUUGCAGUGUUGGUGCCAUCCGAGCCGAUUCGGCACAGGGAUACUGUGUCAGCUUACGUCGCUGCCUCGCCAUACUCACCUGUGGAAAUGUUCACUCUCAGGGUGAAGUUAAAAGAUGGCGUGGCAUUCCUUGGUGCUCGACCCAGUAACCCCACGCUGUGGAUGGUUAGUCAGGACGUGAGAACAGAAGGUCAUAGGGUUGUGACCCUGCACUGUCGUCGUAAGGAGUCCAGCUAUGGAAUGAGUGUGGAGCCCGGUUGGCAGCGGGUUGUUCAGGUGGAUCUAGAAGUGGAUGGAGUCAGCAGUAUGGUGGGCAGUAGAUCUAUAUCCUGGGCAGUGGAGUACCCGGGUAUCAGGGCCGGGACUGAAGAAACCGAGACACCGAUCCACCUGGCACAGAAAGACCUGGUCGGCAUUGUGCCUUUAGCUAUGGAAACAGAGAUUGUGAACACAGCUGUAUUGAAUGGGAAGACAGUAGCAGUUCCAGUGAAGGUGGUGACUGUGGCUACAGAUGGUACUGUUACAGAUGUCUCAGAUACUGUGCAGUGCCAAUCUACAGAUGAAGAUGUUGUUAAGGUAUCAGACAGAUGUGACUACGUCUAUGUGAAUGGCAAAGAAAUGAGGGGACGGGUUCGAAUGCUGGUGAACUUCACCUACAGUUACAUGAGGGCCCAACUGGAGGUCAAGGUCUGGAUCCCCAAACUACCCCUGCACAUUGAAGUUUCAGAUACAGAACUCAGUCAGAUCAAAGGCUGGAGGAUCCCUAUAAACAGUAACGCACAGAGGUCAGCACGGGACAGUGAAGAUGACGACGAUGAAGAGCGGAGAGGAAAGACCUGCACGUUGCAGUACCAGAGGGCCAUGGUGCGUGUGCUCACACACUUCAUCGCCGAGGCGUCUGUCACGCGAGGUCAGGUGGCCUACAUGCUUGGCAGUGAUUGGCAGGUGGAUAUUACGGAUUUGGUAUGGGACUUCCUGAAAGUCGAGAACCCACGAAUCGCCGGGAUGAGAGAGGGACGUAUUCUGGAGGGCAUGGAUUCUGGCAUGACAAGCAUUCAGGUUCUCUCUCCUCUGUCUGACUCGAUACUGGCAGAGAAGACAGUGAGGGUUGUGGAUGAUCGAGUGACCAUCACUGAACUGGGACUGCAGUUGGUCAGUGGUCUCACGCUCAGUCUGCAGCUUAGCACUGGAAGUAACAGAGCCAUCAGUGCAACAGCAACUACACAAGAAGUCCUCAACAAUCCUAAACAGGAGGCGCUGAUCAGCGCCUGGCUGCAGUUCAGCGACGGCUCCAUGGCUCCUCUUGAUCUUUACAACCCUGAGCGCUUUCUUCUGACAGCUACCUCUCUGGAUGAGGAGGUGGUGUCCGUACGACAAGACGCAGGGGGGCGGUGGCCAAUCAUUUCUGCACGGGCCGAGGGUCAAGGUCUGCUGGUGCAUGUAGAGAUGACAGUAACUGAAGUGUGCCAGAAGUUCAAACGCCGGAGCGUCCUGGCUGCCGGAAACUGCAACAUCCGUGUGAAAUUCGGUCGGAGCGAAAGCGCCUUGAGGCCAGGAGCCGGCGAUUACGGCCAGGAUGGUGAGGAUGUGGACUUCAGAGCAGGCGACCGCAGGCAGAAUCCAUCUUUGCCAGACAGGACCGGGAUGGACAACCACUACUACGGAAGCUCCAUAUCGGACAUGGAUGAUGGAAUUUCUAGGAGGAUCACAACCACAACCAAAACGGCAAUCAUCAGGAAACCGGGAGGAGAUAAACUGUCAGACGAUGGGAGCCAGCUGCCGGGGAUUCCCAUUGACUUCUCUGACUUUCCAGCUCAGGUGGAUCUUCCCCGAGGACACAACAUUGACGAAGAUGACCUGCAAACACCACACGGACUAACGGAUCUUGAAAUCGGGAUGUAUGCUUUGUUAGGUGUCUUCUGCUUGGCUAUUCUCGUGUUUCUGAUCAACUGCAUCUCGUACACUCUCAAGUACAGACACAAGGAGAUCUCCAUCGAAGGCCAGGAGAACAUGCACCACGCACACGACUGGGUGUGGCUGGGAAAUGACGCAGAACUUUUGGAGAGCCACGUAAGCCUAUCGCCGCAAACCGAAGAGCACAUCACCAUCAUGGACUCCAGCUUAGGAGGUUUAGAAGAAGGAAGUCACCUUCUCAACGGCGGUUCUUUGCAAAAGAACAUUCAAGGCCAAGUGCACAGAGGAGCCGACAGCGCCACCGUUUGCACGGGGAAAGACAGCAAGGCAGAUUCGCCGACGACUAAAAGAAAACGCGUGAAGUUUUCAACGUUUACCACCAUCCCGGUGGAAAGCGUCAGCCCGGUUAAGGAAAAGCUGGAGCAGGAUAAUGACAUUAAGUGGGUAUGUCAGGAUGUUGAACUUGGCGACUCUAAGGAACUACGAAACUACAUGGAACGGCUAACUGACAGUGCUUUAAAGGAAGUCGCGUAGUUUAAUCGAUGCGUGCAGACUGAACUCACCCUUAUGCCUUUGUAACAGAGAUGAGUACGAGCCAGGGAGCAAAUACUACAUAAACCUUACUGAACACAACACAUCAGCCAUUACAUAACAGAGGAUGUCUAUUGUUGUUUCGGUUCGAUAUGGGGACUGUUUAUGGAGACUUGUGGUAAAAAUAAAAAAUUAACAAUACGAAUCAAAUUUUUUAUUUUGUAUGUUCAUAUAUUAUGUUCUCUAUCCAUUAUUUUUAAAUGAUUUUAUUUUAACACUUUUUGUAGUUUUAAACACUAAACAGUAUUUUCAGGCUUGCCAGUGCUCGGCUCUGACAUACGAGGCUACAGAACUGUAUGCGGAUGGUGAUUAAGGGUUGUAAUAUUGAUAACUGUUAAAUCAUUGUAAAUAAAGUGCACAUAGAAUGG